AUGAGAGGAAUCCAUAGCUUGACAUUUUCGGGCUUUUCCAAAUUCGCAACGCAGGACUGCAGGUCCGUUCACAGCCACCGUGGAGGCAAUGUGUACGCACGCGCCCAUCUCAAAUCAACAAUGGCGGCCUCCUCUGUCGUGUCUAGGUUACGUUUAAGGGGGUUCGGAGGGCUUGAUAGAUUUGGUUUUGGUUUGGAAACUCAAACGCUUGGAAGAUUCACCUCGACUACAUCGGCAAUCAAAGCCCAGACAGAGAACAAGACAGCGAAAGCAGCCAAGGAGAGUAAAACAUUUCAAGCAAUCCAAGAGGAGAGAAGAGAACAAGCUGAAAGAUCGGUUUUGAUCAGCUGUCCGUCUAAGAUCAACGAAAAUACGUUUUUAGAUGACCUGUCUAAACAUGGGACAAUCAACAAGCAUUUCUUCUACAAUAGCUACGGAGCAUAUGCAGUGGUUGAAUUCUCCAGCAGAGAGAGCAUUGCCUCGUUGAAGGAGAGCACUAAUAUACCAGCUGUUGAGCAUGAAGCUGCAGUGCCUUUCAAAUCUCGCCUGCUGUCAUUAAAAUGGCCAGGCAGUCAGUCGAGCAAUCAUCCCAUGCCGAAGUUCAAAGUGCAGUCCCCUCUAUCCAUCAAUGAAAUCAGCCAACUGCUCUCGGAAAAGGACAGUAUAGAUGAGCAACUGCAGUGUCUGACAGAGGCCUUAGAGCUCACAGAAGAGAACGUCAGGCUGCGCUUUCUUGUUUGUUCUCUACUUCAAGACAUAGCUGGAGCAUAUUUCCCAGAAUGCAUCAUCAGGCCUUUUGGCUCCACUGUCAACAGCUUUGGCAAACUGGGCUGUGAUGUUGACAUGAUUCUGGAUCUCGACGGCAUCUAUGCAACAAGCCAGAAAAAGGGCUCAGGACUGUCUCUGGAGUACCAGGUGAAGAGAGGAGCAUCAGAGCGGGCUGUGACCCAGAGUAUCCUCUCAGUCAUUGGGAAAUGUGUAGACCAGUUCGGCCCUGGAUGUGUGGGCGUCCAGAACAUUCUCCAAGCUCGAUGUCCUCUUGUCCGCUUUGCUCACCAACCCUCUGGCUUUCAGUGUGAUCUCACUGCCAAUAACAGGGUGGCGAUGAAGAGUUCAGAACUGUUGUUUCUCUACGGCCAGCUGGACCCUCGUGUUCGGCAUCUGGUGUUCAGUGUGCGGUGCUGGGCUCGGGCUCAUAGCAUCACAAGCAGUAUUCCAGGAGCAUGGAUCACCAACUUCUCUUUAACGGUCAUGGUAGUUUUCUUUCUACAGCAGAGGAAUCCUCCCAUACUGCCCACACUGGACCGACUGAAGGAGCUGGCAGGACCAUCGGAUAAGUGUGUCAUUGAGGGUAAUGACUGCACUAUUGUCAGUGACCUUAGCAAGAUUACACUGCAGCAGAACACAGACACAUUAGAGAAACUGUUGCAGGAAUUCUUUGAGUUUUAUGGCAAUUUUCCUUUCAACAAGACAUCGAUUAAUAUCAGGAAGGGAAAGGAGCAGACCAAACCGGAAACGACAGCUUUGUAUAUCCAGAAUCCAUUUGAAACCACUCUAAACAUUAGCAAGAAUGUUAAUGCAACACAGCUAGAACGUUUCGUGGCACUUUGUCGUGAAAGUGCUUGGCUUCUCCAGCAGAAGGAAAUUCUUAACCAAUGUCCGGACUCACCGUGGGGGUUCGCCGCACUUCUCCUCCCUUCAGUCACCUCAGGAGCAGGGGUGAAAAGUCGCAGGAAGAGAAAACUGGAACCAGCUAGCUCAAGAAUAAAGAACCUGUUAGACUCUCUGAAGAUUAAAGGUGGUGAAACUGUAGCAAAGAAAGGAAAUGCAAACUCUAGUAGGUGAUAUGGUGAAUAAACUUCACUCACCCUGAAGAGCACAGGAAAAGUCUUCUGAAGAACGAAUUUAAAUGGCCAACAUGCCCAAAGAGUGGAACAAAUGUGAAGUUUAUGUAUUUCUACAGUCAGAAUCUGUAAGUCUUUUAAGAAAUGU